AUGUGUUCCAUGAAUGAACUUAAUGCCAGAGAUAGCGGAUUUCUAGUAAACGGAGAACUCAAAAUUGUUGUCGAGAUAGAGGUUCUUGACGUUAUUGGCAAAUUAGAUGUGUCAGGGGAAGCUUCAACAAUAACGGAAACCAUAGAUGUUAAUGGGUUUCAACUUGUUCCUUCACAGGUGGAAUCCGCGAGGCGUAUAUUUGAAAGACACCCGGAGAUUGCCUCUGAAUUCCGUCCAAAGAAGCCAAAUCUUAGGACAGCUUACAUGAGUUUGCUACUCAGUUUGAUUGAGACUAUGUGCAUGCUACCUCAGGAAGUCUCCAAGGAUGAUCUCUCUAAUGCAUAUGUUGCAUUGGGAUCCAUGAGAGAUGCAGAGUUUAAAUUGGAUUGGUUGGAGAAGAAACUUGAUGAGAUGUCAGAAAAGAAGGAGAAAGAGGAAGUUGGUGAGACUCGGAUGCAAGAAAUGGGGAAAGAGUUGAAGGACUUGAAGCUGAAGUGCUCAGAUCUCGAAGCUCAGCUGGAGAAGGAAAAGGAAGAGGUUUUGGCUGCAAAAGCUCCUAUCUCAUUCGAUGAUGUUGUUUAA